UAUAAUCUAUAUUUCACUACAUUUCCCAUGAUGCCUCGAGGUCGUCUGUGUACGCCUCUCUCGGGUAAACAGUACGCACUACUUCUGCCCUUACGGCGCACGCCGUGGUAGACUUGUAAACAUACUCGCUAGACCGGCCCUGUUGUGUGAGGCGCUGAAGGAAAUCCACUUGAUUUAUAUAUCUACUAAAACGCGCUGCCGCUCUUGAACAUACCCUCGGUUUAUAUUUGGCUUAAAGGAGACGCAACAAAGCGCACAAAAUGGUUGUGCUUUAGGCCUGGACGACUAAGUACGAUUACUAUGGCUUUAAGAGCAAGAAAAUUGUGUCUGCUUCUUUAAAAUUAUUUCACUUUAUUGCUGAAUAGGUAAUUAAAGAAACUUAGAAGUUUCUAAUUAAUAUUUACUUGUAUUUAAUUUGCGAAGAACUAAACAGAAAAUGCAUCACUGUUGUAUUUGGGCCGCUUGUCGUCAAAUCGUCUUCAAAGCAGAUAUAGUUAUUUUUUUCUUACUUUGCGUGUAAACCUGCUCGACUUAAAGCAUUUCCCGAGUGGGCCGUGCUGCCCUCACUGUGAUGGAACCAGCGAGCGACCGAGACGGGGAUGUAAAUAAUGGUGAAACGCCAGCCGAAGACAAGGCCUCAGUGAAGACCCCGGCAAACAGUACGUCCAGUGCACCGCGGAGGGCGCUCAGAGAGCGGGGAGCGGGUCGACCGCGGUCCGGAGCCUCUGCCUCGGCGGAAGAAGUGAACGGAGCCGCUUUGAGCCCUCUGACCUCAGGACGGGUGUUAAGAGACAGGUCGACACGAGCGGUACCGGCCUGGCUGAAGGACUCCAAAAGUGACGAAGACGAAGACGAAACGGGUCCAGAGAGCGGAGCAGCCAAACGGAGGAAAGUUUCCAACUCAAGGAGGAAGAAAAUUUCUGACUCCGCGAGUGCGCUGGAGGCUGAAGAGGAUGUUCCAGGAGACAUCCUUCAAGGCACAGAGUCGGAGGAGUCCAAGAAAAAUGCAGCAGAUGUACAAGCUCUUCCCUCCAGACGCCUCUCGACCCAAACCGGUGCCAAGACUCCAGCUGGCAGGACAGUCCGUGGACUCGCCAAGCCUAUGUGUAAGACCGAACCUGGCGUGGAGAAUCCAGCAGUGGCGGAAGGAGAGAAAAACGACAAGGACAAGAGUGACACUGAAGGAAAGAAAGGGGAUGGGAAGGACGACGCCGCUGAGCAAGCGCUGAGGGAUGAGGAGCCUCUGUUCCAGGAUGACCUGAAUGAUCUCAACUACCAACCCCCAACGCAGAGCAGUCUAGACGAGGAAGAGGGUCUGAGUUCCGAUGAAGAUCCGCCCUUCAGGGACGACCUGAACGAUCAGAGUUAUGACCCGAGGGAUGAAAGGGAUGCCGCUAAACCAAAGCGCAGAGCUCCUCCAAGAAACAAGGAGAAGAAGGACAAAGACAAAGGCCCUAAGAAAGAAGAAGAGGUCGAUGAAAUAAAAGUAGAAAGUUCAGAGAGUGUGGAAAUCGUACAAGAGGAAGUAAAGAUGGAGGAGGAAGUUACAGAAGAUCCAGAUGGACCUAGGAAGAGAGGUCGUCGGAAAAAAGACGACAAAACUCCACGGCUGCCGAAGAGAAGGAAGAAGCCACCGGUGCAGUAUGUGCGCUGUGAGAUGGAAGGAUGUGGGACCGUUUUGGCUCAUCCUCGAUACCUUCAGCAUCACAUCAAGUAUCAGCAUUUACUCAAGAAGAAGUACGUUUGUCCCCAUCCGUCAUGUGGGAGGCUUUUCCGCCUGCAGAAGCAGCUGCUGCGCCACGCCAAGCACCACACAGACCAGAGAGACUACAUCUGUGAAUUCUGUGCUCGAGCCUUCAAGAGCUCCCACAACCUGGCUGUGCAUCGCAUGAUUCACACUGGGGAGAAGCCUCUACAGUGCGAGAUCUGUGGAUUUACAUGUCGCCAGAAGGCCUCUCUUAACUGGCACAUGAAGAAGCAUGACGCUGACGCCACCUAUCAGUUCUCUUGCUCCAUCUGCGGCAAAAAGUUUGAGAAGAAGGACUGCGUUGUGGCUCACAAGGCCAAAAGCCACCCGGAGGUUUUAAUUGCAGAGGCGCUGGCGGCCAACGCCGGUGCCCUCAUCACUACCCCUGCCUCGCUGCUCGAGCUGCCGGGAAACCCCAUGCAAGGAGAAGUCGCAGGCGUGGAUGUCAACCAAGCUGCACCAAGUGGGGCGGUGGACCAGUUGGGUCAGGACAUUGCUCAGAUAUCCCAUAUGAGUCACGUGCCUCAGCAAGUGAGCCACCAGGUGGUUUUACUGGGUCAAGACCAGAACCUUCAUACCAUGCAGGUGCCAGUGACAAUUGCCCUGUCCCCAAUCGACCCCCCGUCCCCAGCUGACGACCAGCAGCAGACUCAUCUCCAGCUGCAGAUGCCCGUCCAGUUUGUCCAGACUGCUCCACAGCAGCAGCAGCAGCUGACCCUCCACUCCGGCCCUGUGGUGACUCAGCACCAGGCCCAGCUGCACCCGCUGCAGUCGUACUCGUCCGAGCAGCAGAGCUCCGGGCAGACCCAGAUCCUACAGAUGACCUUCCAGCCCGUCAGCCAGUCCCAGACCCAGAUCCAGCAGAUCCCCAUCUUGGCCACUUCGCCACAGCUUCAAACCCUGCAGACGGCCGCUCCGAGCCCACCUCUGCUCUUAGCCUCCCAGCCUCAGUCCCAGAGCCAGACGUCCACAAGCGCAGAGGGCUUCAUCCUGGACAAUUCGGUGCUGCCCCCCGGCUCUCCGGCAUGCACCUCCCACCAGCCGACAGACAUUGUGGGAGAGAACAGCGUGGUUUGGGAGCAGACGGCUGAGGAUGAAGUUCUGACAGACGGGACAGAAAGACACGUACAGCAGGCCCUCAUUUAAAGACGGGGGCUGUACUAUAAUGCCACCUUUAAGGUAACUGUAGGCUCACCAAUAUAUAAUGUACUGUUCACACUGGUAGCAUUUUAGAAUAUCUGUAUCAGGGAAAGAUCUGUUUGUGUAUGCCUUUGUAAAUAACAGUCCUGCGACUAGCUGUUAAUGUCUGUAUAUUGAUUUCAUGUUGCAGUGAUGCAAUAAGAUUCCCCAUCUCUAAUGAAUUAAGCAUGGAACGUCAAAACUCGGCAUCAAAGUGGAAAAAGGUGAUUUUUUUUGUAUUUAUUAAAAAAAAACACGGAGGCAGCUUUUUCUUCACCGAUGAAGAGGAGAUGGAACAGAAAAUACAGCGAAAUGGAAAAUGCCUGUAAGACGAACCGCUAGUGAAACCGUGUUGACGUGUUUUUAUGUGCAGCUGUUUGUCAGACUUGUCGUUUGUAGACUAAAGGGAGGAUAAGCUUUUCAAGACAAAUGAUUUCUUAAGCCGUCUCUGACUAUUAAGUACACCAAGGCUCAACUAUAACUAAUAAUGGACAAACAUGUUCAAUAUCAGCAAGCCACUUUCACAGAUUUAUCAAUAAUUUAUUAACUGUAAUGUCAUUUAACUGUAAUCUCUGAUCUAAUGUUAGUUUCAUUCAAGCCCAAAACAAGACACUGUUCAUUUAGACGAUGUAAAUAAAUGUCUUAACACAUAAA